AUGUUGUGAAGUGGUACCGUAUUUAUUAAAUUGUUCUUGUUUAUCUAUUUUCGCCAUCCUACUAAGGCACCCAGGAUGUCCUGCACAUCAGAAGAAAUAGCAGAAAAGCGUCGGCUCGCCAUAGAACGCUUGAAUGCCCGUAAAAAGUGUAUUCAAAAUCAACCAAACAACAACAACACAUGCUCCACCAAUGAUGGAGGUGGUGUCCGACCCAUGCCAACAGGAACGAACAAGACUCCGCUUAGCAUUACAACGUUUUACGGUGGCAAUCAAUCAUCAUACGGAAAAGUGAGCUCGUCGUUACAUACAAAGCGCGGUCCAACGGCAUCUGUUCCGUACACAAAACCUGGUCAGAAGCAGAAUAGCACACCCGGGAAGGUGGCACCGAUUUUCAUACGGACGGUUACCUGUACGUGUUCCAUCAUUUCCGAAAGCAGAUUUGUGGUCGAUACGAAUGGUUUCAACGAACAGAUGGUUGACGUGUUUAAACAAAUUCCUUCUAAAAGUUAUGAAUCUUCCUCGAAAAAGUGGACAUUUGAGAUAAAAGAUUACCAUGUGCUACAGGAACGAAUUACCGCGCUAAACCCGCACGUCGUACUCGUGCCCAUUCCAAAGUUUGUUAUGCAGGAAUUUUCCACCGGGCCAAAAGCAAAACCAAGUCGCCUUUGUCUGAAUAUAAUCGAACCGUCACUCGUCGAAAGUUUGCUAGAGUUCCAGAAGGAAGGAGUUGCAUUUGCCAUUGAAAAAGGAGGCCGAGUGUUGAUUGCGGAUGACAUGGGCUUGGGCAAAACCUAUCAAGCAAUCGCGGUAGCUGAUUUCUACCAGCAAGAUUGGCCAUUACUCGUCUGCACUACCGCUUCCACGCGUGACACUUGGGCACACAAAAUCCGUCAGCUACUGCCCCACAUCCCAGUACACUGUAUAGCGGCCCUUAACAGUGGCCAAGAUUAUAUAGCUGAAUCUCGCAUACUAAUCGCAAGCUACUCAAUGAUGGAACGUUGCGGUGAGAAGCUGCUUGAUCGUGGUUUCGGUAUGUUGAUCUUUGACGAAUCACACACGUUGAAAAAUUUUAAAGCAAAAUGCACAACCGUUGCAUUGGCGCUGGCAAAGAGAGCCCGGCGGGUUGUGUUGCUGUCCGGAACGCCGGCCCUCUCGCGACCGGUAGAACUGUUCACCCAACUACAGAUGCUUGAUGGUCGGUUUUGUAGCUUCAAGGAGUACAGCACACGGUACUGCGCGGGAAAGCAGACUAAUUUCGGUUGGGACGCAUCGGGGCAAUCAAAUCUGGCCGAGCUGAAUCUACUACUGGGACGAAAGUUUAUGAUCCGGCGCACAAAGGACGAAGUUAUGUCAGAGCUGACGGAAAAGAGCCGUGAAACGGUGGUGCUCGAUCCGUCAUACCUGUGGACGAACGAGGAGGUGGAGGAAAAUAUGAAUUCCUACGCGAGUGAUUACACGGCAAGUAAGGGUAGGCAGCGGGAUGAGGUGCUGAUCAAAUAUUAUAGUGUAACGGCCGAAGCUAAAGCACCUGCUGUGUGUGCCUAUCUGAAGCAGGUUUUAAAGGAGAAAAAGAAAUUUAUCGUCUUCGCUCAUCAUCACGUCAUGCUCGAUGCCAUCGAGGAGUGUUUAACAAAGCAGAAGGUAGACUUUAUUCGAAUCGAUGGCUCCACUCGAUCAGAUCUACGAGCUUCAUUAGUGGAAAGAUUCCAAACCAAAGGGUCUUGUCAUGCGGCGGUUCUUUCACUAAAAGCAUGUAAUGCUGGCAUUACACUAACCGCCGCCCAGCUGGUGCUAUUUGCCGAGCUCGACUGGAAUCCGAGUACCUUGGCCCAAGCCGAAAGCCGCGCCCACCGUAUCGGACAAUCGGAUAACGUUACCGUGCGCUACCUACUAGCAAAGAAAACUGCCGACGACAUCAUCUGGACGAUGUUGCAGCGCAAACAGGAAACACUCAGCCGGGUUGGGCUGUGUAAUGAAGACUUUUCCGACGCGUCCAGCGUACAAGCGCCGAGCAAUGCGGGCAACAUAGAACCUUUCCUUAACAAAUCACUCUCGCCCGGCGGUAGAAAUCCUGGCAAGGGAACGCUCGACUCAUUCGUACAACGUUCAAGUUCAGCACAGCGGAAAACAUCCAACGAAAACGAGUGCUUAACAAGCUUUCUCAAUCACGACGAUGAUGAUGAUGAUUUGGCCGAUUUGGAACUGUAA